CUUCCUCGAUGAACGGAGACGACCUGAUCACGUUGGAUGAGGCCUUGGCGUUCAUCGCCUCCUGGAACGAGGAAACUCAUGGCGAGGACGCCAGGUCGAGUGCAAAAGUACACGAUAUCCAUGACCCGUUCACGCUGGAAGAGAUCGACGUUCUGCUUGACGCUGCAGUCAAGGGACAAGUCGCAAAUGUGACCAAGACGCCGUCGCGGAGUUACAACUUGAGCUCAUCUGAGCUACAAUCUGCGUCGCCACCGAGGAAAAAGAGGCGUGUUCGAAGCGCCUCGAGUUCUUCAACUAUAAUGCAACGUCGCAAAAAGGUCGAGAUCGAGACGCUUCGUGAGGAAUCGAUCAAGCUGGAGGCGUAUUUAGCGCGUUUGAGUACAAGUGGAGGCCAGCAGAAGCCGCUAGCGUUAACAAAUGUCGACGAGAUACUGUCGGAAUGGCAUGGUCACGCACUCGUUCAGUAUCAGCAACGACAACAGUCCGAACAAACCAAUCGACAGCUCACGGAAAAGCUCGAGAAGCAGCAAAAACUCAUCGACAAGCUUCGAGGUGUUCUUUUCAAGCGGAAUGUGCUGGGAAUGGAGUUCGUACGAACUUACGAGUCGCCGAUCUUCGAAGACUCCUACUUCACAGUGGACCUCUCGACUCUGCUGAUGAAUCAACUGGAAGAAGAAGUGGACGGUGUCUAUCGCAAUUUCCAUCGACUCUAUCGACCGGAGCUAGCGCCAAUCGACUAUCCCGCUUCCGAGACGACGUACGGCGAGAAGUGCGAGUCAAAUGUCAUGGAAUUCUCCACUACAACGCCGAUGGAGUGGCCCAUGCGGGCCGCAUUCACUUAUGUGUGGGACUUUCUCGACAGCACCUCGGAUCGAAGCCGCAAGCCCAACACGCUGGAGACAAGGGUCAAUAUUACUCUCCCUAUAGCCAAUCACGCCUCCUGUCACUUUUACAAGCUUCACUGCCUGCGCAAGUACGAGGAAGAAGACCGAGUCGUCAUUAUUUGGUCUGAUCUCAUGCAGAUGACAUCGAGGAAUCUUCGGCUGCGCUCGAUCGCCCAUUCUGUCUUCACUCCGUCCAAGAUCGAUCCAUCGAAAGCUAGUAUCAUGGAAACGUUCCUCAAGCUGUACGUAGAGCCAAUAGGUGGCGAAAGCGUAUCCCCUGAAGAUAUCCGAUACGGACAAGAAGUUAUUCUUGGGGCGUAUGGCAGACUCAUGCGAAUCUUCUGGCAAGACCAGCAGAAUCGAUUGAUAGAGGUGACUUCAUGUUCGCUGUAAAGUAGCAAAAUGCUGUUACAAGAUGUCGAUCUUUGACGUAUUGAUGAGA